CUGUAGCUUGUGCGCCUUUUUCUGCCACACUUUUUCCUUCUACUCAACUUUCAAACGUAUAGGGUUUACUAUUUUAUUUGUCGAGAAUAAUGCAUUUUACUAUUAAACAAUAACACAAGCCAUCUGUGUCGGGUUGUCUCUGACAGCAGGUGGAUUUGUCCCGGACCUCCUCCCCCGCAGCUCCCGCCUCCAGAUGUUGGGGCUGCUGGCUGCGCUGCUCUCCAUUUCGGACUCUCCCUCUGACGCUGACGGGACUCGGGACCGUUGGAAUAUUUACUCCCGCUGCUUUUCUCAACACUCUGCCCGGGUGAGGUUGUUUAAGUCCACGUUGUGAGUGGGUAUGACCGCUGUGAUGGCGGACGGCUGUUUUCUGACCGCGCUGCAACCGAACUCCUCGUGUACCGCCUACGUGCUGCCCUCGGACGGGCAGUCCGCGGACCCGCUGGCCAAAGUCCGGAGGGUCCAGGAGCAGGUCCGCAUGCGACUGGCCGAGAGGAAAUCCUCCUCGCUGCCCAGGCUGAGCAACUCACAGUUUGGGCCAGCAACAGACUACAUUCUUCCUGAAGUAAAAAGUCUUCCCCAGGCUCAUGGCUUCAGUUCCAGGUCCAUGAUCACCACACCCACUCGUCCCAUGGCUGUGUCUGCAGUGUCGUCUCAGGCCUCUGGGAUGUCCAGCAGCUCUCAGGUCAGGCAUAAAGAAAGCGCCUCCAUCCAGACCACCUUCCACACCUCUCACAUGCAAAGUCGAAGCCAACGCUCCAAGUCCCUGUGCCAGGACGACCACAGAGCGCUACCCAUGGCCCGUCCGCUCCACCCAGAGCCUUCCUCUGUGCCCUUCAGCGUUCCUCCACCCGGGAGCUUGAGGCGGUCCCUGAGUGGGGUCCUGGCCCAGGAGAGAGGGCCCUGGCAGGAUGAGGAGCUGCCUUACCAGUACACCUAUAAAGGUCCAUCUCAUCGCAUCAUCAACAGAAUCACCAACAGACAGCAGUACUACCAGCAGCACAGCUCUGCGUUGGGGCCAGAGGCCUGGCUGGGGAACGGCCGGGGCUUCACCAGUGCAGGGGACAGCAUGACAGGGCAGUGGCAGCAUCAUGCCUCCAGGACCAACCACGCCACGGCCCAGUACGCCCAGCUGCACCGGGCCGCCUCGCUGCGCUCUCUGAGGAGCGUCGGCAAGGGAGCAGAUAUCAUGGAUGCCGCCUCCAUACACAGCAACGAUCCUCUGGCAGAGAUGCAGAGCAUUGACAUGCCCACAGCUGUCAGAUAUCUUUCCGAAUCAAAUACUUCUCUGCAAGUUUUGGGAGCUGCUUAUAUACAACACCAAUGUUACCAUAGCAACGAUGCCAAGAACCAGGUCCGCGCUCUGGGUGGUGUUCCAGCGCUGGUGCAGCUUUUCUCCAGUGACCAUUUAGAGGUGCAGCGCUACGCUACAGCGGCUACACGUAAUCUCAUAUAUGAGAAUGCUGACAACAAGGCCGCCUUGAUAGAGGCAGGAGGACUGAUGGCUCUGGUCAACGUCCUGAGCCAACAUGACGAGGAGCUGUGGAAGACCAUUACAGGUGUCCUUUGGAAUCUGUCCUCCAGAGACAACCUGAAGGACAGGCUGGCUGUGGAAGCGCUGCCACUUCUAACUGAGAAAAUUCUGGUUCCACUUUGCAAGAGCAUCCCUCUGAACCCGUCUGAGAGAGAGAUCUUCAACAAUACCACUGGCUGCCUCAGGAACUUGAGCUCAGUAAAUGAGAGAACGAGACGGAAGAUGAGAAGCAUGCAGGGUCUGGUGGACUCUCUGGUGUGCUACAUUCAGCUGGAGGAAAGCGGAGAUGAUAAGGGUUUGGAAAACUCCUUGUGUGUGAUGAGGAAUCUGUCGUACCAGCUGUACGCGGAGCUUCCUCCGUCAGUCUGCCUCCACCUGGAGGGUCCAUCCAGAGCUUCAGCCUCCAGAACUGAUGAGGUGAUUGGCUGCUUCACUGUGCAGAGCAAAAAGAACACCGAGCUUCAACACAGGAAUCCAAUUCCAAGACUGUCACACCCCAAGGACUCUGAGUGGCUGUGGCACCCAAAGGGCGUGGCCCUCUACAAGCAGGUCCUGCAGAACACUGAAGGCAGCUCAGCUGCAGUGGAAGCUGCUGUUGGAGCCCUGCAGAACAUCACAUCUGGAGAAGGACGGUGGCCAGCAGUGCUGUGCGGCGUGGUGAGUGAGCAGGAGAGGAUGCUCCCCAUGCUGCUGGAUCUGCUGGACAGCAGCAGUGAGAUGCUCCUCAGGCCGCUGACCGGCCUCCUCAGGAACCUGACCAGGCACGCUGCAGACAAAGGCCACAUGGCUAAGAUCAUGGUGAGCGCUCUGGUGUCCAGGCUGCCUGCUGACGGCCUGGAGAAGACCCCGUCCAGUGAGGUGGUGGUCAACAUGUGCGGGGCCCUGAACCACCUGGUCACCUGCAGUUCUUUAGCUGCCCGAGAUAUCGCCUACUUCAACGGUCUUCCUAAGCUGAUGGGCAUAAAAACGUCACAUGAUAACAGCUCUGGGAGUCUCCGGGCUGCCAGGGCGGCCUCCACCGUGCUCUGCAACAUGUUCCAGUACAACAAGCUGCACAAAGAUUACAAACUGAGAGGAUUUACCCGACAGAACUUCGUCGAUCCCAGCUUCUAGUCUCUGUUUCCUCCCAGUGUGAAUUCUGCAGUGAAGAGAAGGAGGCGAACGGACCGACCAGAACCAAACACAGGAGCUGUUAUUCCUCCGUUUGGAACCGUUUGACUGAUUUAUGGAUGCGUUGUGUUUUUCACAGUAACAUGAAGCUGGUUAAUUUUAGACUGAUUCUGACAUGACAUAUGGUUUAUCCCUGACAGAAUAGAUUCAGACUUAAUGUUGUAAAAACAUACAGACUGCAGCGAUCUGUUAGUGUGUAUCAAGUUUCCCUUUUAACUGUUGGUGUUGCAUACACACUAUAAUCCUAAUUCUGAUUCAUCUCAUUUCUGAAAUGUUUCUUAUUGUUGAGGCGACUGAAAGCUUUACACAUCGUCACACUUCUCUUUGGAAGCUGAAGUUCUGCUCAAGCUCCCAUCAGAGAAGAAGAAACCUGCUAGAUGCAGUAGUUUUUAAAAGGUUUAUCGAGACUAUUUAUGAAUAUUUUGCCCCUUUUUGAGGAGUACAUUUUUGUCUUUUUUGAAGUAUGAUAACAAAGAUCUGCAGCUGGAUUUGGCAUGUAUGUAGGUAGAUAUGUUUAAAUUGGAUAUUUAACAUGGAAUUGCUCCAGAACUCUGAUGACUUGUAUGUGUUGAACACUUUAUUUAGUGUCUCUCAGUCCAUCCUGCACAUUCUGUUUUUACCGGUUUGGGUAAAAACACACACCAAUACACGCUCACACACACAUGCUGUUUUUCUACAAAGCAGUUCAUGUAGUAACUCUAAUAUCUGAAUUAAGUUGUGAGUUACAGACACAAACGUUCUUAUGUAAGAGAAAAUGUGCUUAAAGUGUAAAAUGCAGUAGUUAUGUGAUUCCAAAGCAAAGCUGUGUAAAACUUCAUACUUGCACUGUUUCCUCAUAGCAGUGUGGAAAAAUGAGGUAAGAGCCAAUGAGGUUCCUCCCUUUGGAUUCCCGUCUCAAAGAGGAAUGCUGAGGAGACGUAACAUCCUUCAGACCGUCAUGUCAUUCUCAGUCUCACCUCUGAGGGUCACGGUUUAAUUUAGUUUGGGAUUUUAGCUCCUGAUGUCAAUAACGGUUAGAUAAUAUAAAUGAAUAACGUUUUUAAUGAAACAUAUUGAAGUUAACAAUCAUGGUUAGACCAGUGCUUCUCAAAGGAUUUAAUAACAAGAUGAAGUUCCACCAAGUUGACAGAAAUUCUUAAACACAACAGAACUUGGACUAUUUUCUGUUUUUUUGUGUUUUGUCAUUACAAACUUAAACUACAUGAUUGGUUCAUGGAGUCAGUGUAUUUAUGGAUUCUGUUUUUCCUCAUAAGUGGAAGUUUUGAAGUUUUACAGUUGAAAAUUGCAUUAACAGAAUAGAGGUUUCUAAUUCUGACCUCAAGAUCCAACAUGGCUGCCUUGUAUAAAACCUACUAACAUCUGCAGAAAAAAAGAAAUGUUUAUUUGUGUUAUGAUGCCCCCUUUUGUGAAUAUGUUACUAAAGUUUGAAAGUACAAAUCACAUAGAAAUGUUGGCUACUAAUGAUACUGUUACUCAGCAUUUUUAGAAAACUCGUUCCUAAGAAAACCCUGGGCUCGUUGCUGGUAAGGAAGUCUACAAAGUAACAGUAACUGGUUUUCCAUUUGGGUUUUGGACUCUGUGAUGGUUGGUGCUUGUUAGCUCUACAUUACAGUUCAUGUGUUUGCAUUUACUACACUUCCUCUGAGUCAUGUAGCCCUGUGGGCUUAGAUUACAGGGACAACUGAUCAGUUCUGAUCAAUAGUUACAUUAGCCACCAAUAUUCCAGUAAAAGCUACUACUCCAGAGUAAGAAUGAAAAAGUCAAUCCACAAGCAGAAAAAAAACAGCUGCAGGCUCUGAUUUGGAAACAUUGAAAUGAAUCGCUACUGUACAUCAUGUAACUGAUAGUAAAAACAAGUUUCACUUUUAGUAUUCAGUGUUUUUAGGUAGUUCUGUCUAACAUUAAAUGUGUUGACGCUUCCAACUUCUAUGUAACUUUGUCACAAUUCAAACUUUUUGUGUUAUCACUAAUAAUACAGCAAAGAAACGUGUGAAUGUGUCGCUACCUGUACUAUGAGUGAGUGGUUCAUUUUUCAUACAACUCUCUCUGUGCUGAAUAAACAAGCUGAAAAGUAGAAUAACACAAAGUGCUUUUAAAUAGUUGAAUUAUUAAUCCUGUUUGACAUCAACUCACCUGAUAUGAUUGUAGCUGUUUUCUGUCACCUGUUCAGGAUGUCAGCUGUUCCUGUUAACCUGGUUUGAUCAUGUAGCAAUUUCCAAUGUAAUAAAGUUUAGAAACAGUAAAAAAAAUAAAAUAAAAUUUUAUCUACAUUUGAAAUAAUUAGAAUAAUAAUUUUAAUAAAGUCUGAGGAAUUGUU